ACUUCCUUCCUCUGAAAUGCGAUGCGUGUGGGGAAGUCUUCUGCAAACAUCACAUUCGUUACGAUGACCACAAGUGUAACUCUGCCUACAAGAAAAAUGUGCAGGUUCCAGUGUGUCCACUCUGUAAUGCACCUAUCCCAGUACAGAAGGGGGAAAUACCAGAUAUUGUGGUUGGAGCCCACAUGGAUAAGGACUGCAAAUACAACCCAGCGCAGCAGAAGCAGAGGAUCUUCACAAACAAGUGCUUAAAACCAGGCUGCAAAAGGAAAGAGAUGAUGAAGUUGGUCUGUGAACAGUGCCGUGGCAACUUCUGCAUAAAACAUCGGCAUCCUCUGGAUCACGACUGUAAAGGGAGCAGCCGCCCCACCUCCAAGGCAGGGUAUGCAGCUCUGAUGAGAGCCUCUCAAACUGCCUUCAAGUCAACGGGAGCAAUUGGAGUGCCAUCUAAUGGGAGUUUUCAGCACAACAGAUGCAGAUAGUAGAGGCUCUUCACAUCUGGAUCAAACCUCUCUGUGCUUUAAAGUUAAUCUUGUCUAUAGGUCUUUACAAUUUUCUAUGCAGUUAACUUAUUUUUGUAUCAUAAUGUUUUAUGUAUUCAAUAAACUGUCACCCUUUCCAAGCCAA